AUGGCGCAUUCCUCUGACGAAGAAUUCGAGAAACUCGAACCUACCUUACAAAAUGUGUUGGAUCAAAAGUCUUUACACUGGAUAUUCGUUGGCGGGAAGGGUGGUGUCGGUAAAACGACCACCUCAUGUUCACUCGCUGUACAAUUGAGUAAAGUUAGAGAAUCUGUUUUAUUAAUAUCAACUGACCCAGCGCAUAACCUUAGCGAUGCCUUUGGGCAAAAAUUUAGUAAAGAGGCUACAUUAGUGGACGGGUUUACAAAUUUGUUCGCAAUGGAGAUCGAUCCAACAUCAUCGAUUCAAGAGAUGCUGGAUCAAUCUGAACAACAAGGUGGUGGCGCUAUGGGAGCUAUGAUGCAAGACCUUGCAUUCGCCAUUCCCGGUGUUGACGAAGCUAUGGGAUUUGCUGAGGUCAUGAAGCAAGUAAAAACAAUGGAAUAUUCAGUAAUUAUCUUUGAUACUGCGCCCACUGGACACACGUUGCGGUUUUUAAGCUUUCCCAGUGUUUUGGAAAAAGCAUUGGCAAAGAUUUCUCAAUUAAGUGGACGGUUUGGACCAGUUUUUCAACAAAUGUCAGGUAUGAUGGGGUUGAAUGCCAAUCAAGAAGAUAUGUUUGGAAAACUUGAAGGAAUGCGUGCCAUUAUUACGGAAGUCAAUAAUCAAUUCAAAGAUCCAGAUAAAACGACAUUCAUCUGUGUAUGCAUUUCCGAGUUCUUAUCUCUUUAUGAGACCGAACGUAUGAUUCAGGAAUUGACUUCAUAUCAAAUUGAUACUCAUAAUAUCGUUGUAAAUCAACUAUUAUUCCCGCGGAAAGUUCGACAUAAAAUGCAGCAAAAAUACUUGGAUCAAAUCUAUGAUCUCUAUGAAGAUUUCCAUAUUGUACUAAUGCCUCUUUUAACAAAAGAAAUACGUGGUACGCAAGAUAUCAAAGAAUUUUCUGAAAUGCUAGUUAAACCUUUUGUACCUCUAGAUGAUUCGUCAAUGGAUGAUAGUCAAUAA